AUGGCUAAUAUGGCUGGAGCAGACGAGAUUGAGUCGUUGAGAGUGGAGCUUGCGGAGAUUGGAAGAAGCAUCAGAUCAUCGUUCCAUAGACACACCUCGAGUUUCAGAAGCGGCUCUUCAAGAUAUGAACCUGAUCAUGAUGGCGAGGGCAAUGAUACUAAUGCAGAGUAUGCUCUGCAGUGGGCUGAGAUCGAGAGAUUGCCAACCGUGAAACGCAUGAGAUCGACUCUACUUGAUGAUGGUGAUGAGUCCAUGGUCGAGAAAGGGAAAAGAGUCGUUGAUGUCACGAAGCUUGGAGCUAUGGAACGUCAUCUGAUGAUUGAGAAACUCAUCAAACACAUUGAGAAUGAUAAUCUCAAGUUGCUCAAAAAAAUGAGGAGAAGAAUAGACAGAGUUGGAAUGGAGUUACCGACCAUAGAAGUGAGGUAUGAGGGUUUAAAAGUGGAGGCAGAGUGCGAGAUUGUUGAAGGGAAGGCACUUCCAACACUGUGGAACACUGCUAAGCGUGUUUUGUCUGAGCUGGUGAAGCUCACUGGUGCAAAAACACGAGAAGCCAAGAUAAGCAUUCUUAAUGAUGUUAAUGGCAUUAUAAAACCAGGAAGGUUAACACUGUUGCUUGGUCCUCCUGGAUGUGGAAAAACGACUCUGUUAAAGGCCUUGUCAGGAAACUUAGAAAACAAUCUAAAGUGUUCAGGUGAAAUAUCCUACAAUGGGCACAGACUAGACGAGUUUGUUCCUCAGAAAACAUCUGCGUACAUAAGUCAAUAUGAUCUGCACAUUGCUGAGAUGACAGUGAGGGAGACAGUUGACUUCUCAGCUCGUUGUCAAGGUGUUGGAAGCCGAACAGAGAUUAUGAUGGAAGUUAGUAAAAGAGAAAAGGAAGCAGGAAUCAUUCCUGACACAGAAGUGGAUGCUUACAUGAAAGCAAUAUCUGUGGAAGGACUUGAAAGAAGUCUGCAAACAGAUUACAUCUUGAAGAUUCUUGGACUCGACAUUUGUGCAGAAAUAUUGAUAGGAGAUGUGAUGAGGAGAGGCAUAUCAGGGGGCCAAAAGAAACGUCUUACCACAGCCGAGAUGAUAGUUGGUCCAACAAAGGCACUGUUUAUGGAUGAAAUAACAAACGGCUUAGACAGUUCCACAGCUUUUCAGAUUGUUAAAUCUCUUCAGCAGCUGGCUCACAUAUCAAACGCUACUGUUGUUGUUUCGCUUCUUCAACCUGCCCCAGAAUCCUUUGACCUCUUUGAUGACGUUAUGCUGAUGGCCAAGGGAAAAAUAGUGUAUCAUGGUCCGCGCGGUGAGGUCCUGAACUUCUUUGAGGAGUGUGGAUUCCAGUGCCCUGAAAGGAAAGGUGUUGCAGACUAUCUCCAGGAGGUUAUAUCAAGAAAAGACCAAGCUCAAUACUGGCGGCAUGAGGAUUUACCUUAUAGCUUUGUCUCUGUAGACAUGUUGGCAAAGAAAUUCAAGGACUUCAGCAUCGGGAAAAAAAUUGACGAAGCUCUGUCUAAGCCAUAUGAUAGAUCAAAAAGUCAUAAGGAUGCUCUUUCCUUCAGCGUGUACUCUCUUCCGAACUGGGAGAUGUUCAUAGCAUGCAUAUCAAGAGAGUUUCUUCUCAUGAAGAGAAACUAUUUCGUCUAUAUUUUCAAGACUGGUCAGCUUGUUAUGGCAGCAUUCAUCACUAUGACUGUGUUUAUCCGAACACGGAUGGGUACUGAUAUCCUUCAUGGAAACUCUUACAUGAGUGCCCUCUUUUUUGGCGUGAUUAUACUUCUUGUUGACGGAUUCCCUGAGUUGUCUAUGACGGUUCAACGCUUAGCCGUGUUCUACAAACAGAAGCAGUUGUGUUUCUACCCAGCGUGGGCUUAUGCAAUCCCUGCAACAGUCUUAAAGGUCCCUCUCUCGUUAUUUGAAUCUUUCGUUUGGACCGGCCUGACAUACUAUGUCAUUGGAUACACCCCUGAAGCCUCCAGGUUCUUCCGGCAGUUCAUUCUACUAUUUCUUGUUCACUUUACCUCGAUAUCCAUGUUCCGGUGUUUAGCUGCAAUCUUCCAGACAGCAGUUGCUUCAAUCACAGCUGGCAGUUUUGGUAUAUUAAUCACAUUUGUCUUUGCCGGUUUUGUCAUUCCACCACCUUCUAUGCCGGCGUGGCUCAAGUGGGGUUUCUGGGCAAAUCCUUUGAGUUACGGUGAGAUUGGGCUAUCGGUAAAUGAGUUUCUUGCUCCAAGGUGGAACCAGAUACAACCCACAACUAAUCUCACCUUAGGGCGAACCAUACUUAAAAGCCGUGGACUGAACUAUGAUGGUCAUAUGUAUUGGGUAUCUUUAUGUGCCUUGGUGGGUUUCACUGUGCUCUUCAACACCAUUUUCACUCUGGCACUAACUUUCCUGAAAUCACCCACAUCAUCUAGAGCCAUGAUCUCUCAAGAAAAACUCUCUGAACUGCAAGGAACGGAAGGUACAACAGCUCACUCUUCAAUCAAGAAGAAGGCCACAGAUUCCCCAGCACAUAACUCAGGCAAGAUGGUCUUACCUUUCAAGCCUCUCACUGUAACAUUUCAAGAAUUGAACUAUUCCGUAGACACUCCAGUGGAAAUGAGAGAGCAAGGAUAUACUAACAAGAAGCUGCAACUACUGACAGACAUCACCGGAGCUUUCCGUCCGGGAAUCCUAACGGCGUUGAUGGGAGUGAGCGGAGCCGGAAAGACCACACUCCUCGACGUUCUAGCCGGAAGAAAAACGAGCGGAUACAUCGAAGGAGACAUCAGAAUCAGCGGUUACCCUAAAGUUCAAGAAACGUUCGCAAGAGUCUCAGGCUACUGCGAGCAAACAGAUAUCCACUCCCCAAACAUCACCGUCGAAGAAUCAGUGAUCUACUCCGCUUGGCUCCGUCUUGCUCCUGACAUCGAAUCCUCAACCAAAAUCGAAUUCGUGAAGCAAGUGCUGGAGACGAUCGAGUUAGAUGAGAUCAAGGAUUCGUUGGUGGGAGUCGCCGGAGUUAGCGGUUUAUCGACGGAGCAGAGAAAACGACUUACGAUCGCGGUGGAGUUGGUGGCGAAUCCGUCGGUCAUCUUCAUGGACGAGCCUACGACGGGGUUGGACGCGAGAGCAGCCGCCAUUGUUAUGAGAGCUGUGAAGAACGUCGCUGACACUGGACGAACCAUCGUCUGCACUAUUCAUCAGCCUAGCAUCGAUAUUUUUGAAGCUUUCGACGAGUUGGUUCUUCUUAAAAGAGGUGGUCGCAUGAUUUACACAGGACCAUUAGGCCAAAAUUCAUGUCACGUCAUCGAGUAUUUUGAGAGUGUUCAUGGAGUUCCUAAAAUAAGAGACAACCACAAUCCAGCAACAUGGAUGCUUGAUGUUAGUUCACAAUCUGCAGAAGUUGAACUCGGCCUCGACUUUUCGAAAAUUUAUAAUGAAUCCGCUCUUUUCAAGAGUAACUCUGAGCUAGUGAAACAAUUGAGUCAGCCAGAUUCAGGAUCAACUGAUUUACACUUUAAAAGGACUUUUGCACAAAGUUGGUAUGGACAAUUCAAAUCUAUUAUAUGGAAGAUGAGUUUGUCUUACUGGAGAAGCCCUUCUUAUAAUCUAAUGCGUCUGAUUCACACAAUGAUCUCUUCUUUGAUCUUUGGCGCACUCUUUUGGAAACAAGGCCAGAAAAUAGAUACUCAACAGAGUUUAUUCACGGUGGUUGGAGCGAUCUAUGGACUUGGGCUAUUCUUAGGAAUCAACAAUUGUGCAACAGCUCUACAAUAUUUAGAAACAGAGCGAAAUGUUAUGUACCGUGAAAGAUUUGCAGGGAUGUACUCAGCUACUGCUUAUGCAUUAGGUCAAGUAGUCACUGAGAUACCUUAUUUGUUCAUACAAGCCGUGGAGUUUGUGAUCAUUACAUAUCCAAUGAUCGGUUUCUACCCCUCGGCCUACAAAGUCUUUUGGGCAGUCUACUCCAUGUUCACUUGUCUUCUCACUUACAACUAUCUUGCAAUGUUUCUCAUCUCCAUCACACCAAACUUUAUGGUUGCCUCGAUUCUUCAGUCCCUCUUUUAUGUUAAUUUUAACCUCUUUUCCGGGUUCUUGAUCCCUGCAACGCAAGUUCCAAAGUGGUGGAUUUGGUUGUAUUAUAUUACACCAACAUCUUGGACACUCAACGGGUUUUUCGCAUCUCAAUAUGGAGAUAUUCAUGAAGAAAUCAAUGUAUUUGGAGAAUCCACUACAACUUCUAAAUUUUUAGAAGACUAUUUUGGAUUUCAUCAUGACCGUUUGGCGGUUACUGCGGUUGUUCAAAUCGCUUUUCCUAUUGUGCUGGCUUCUAUGUUUGCUUUCUUUGUGGGGAAGCUCAAUUUUCAACGAAGAUGAUGUCUUGGCAAUUGCUGUUUUUUCUGUUGUGAAAAUAAGCAUAUAACUUGUUUUUGUUGUUGUAUGAUUUUGUUGUAUAUGAUUUUGUGAAAGCGUAAGAAAACAA